GUUUUUGUUUUUAUCUGUUUCAAAGGAUGUGUUUUUCCCGACGAGCGGUUGGAUCAAGUGGUAAGCGGCUUGUUCCAGCUUAAGUAAGGUCUCGAGUUCGAGUCUUUGCGUAUGCAGCAGCCUUCCUUGGGAGACUGACCCACCAUUUUCAGCACGAUUGUUCAUUCGGCAAAACACCUUCAAAAUGUUCAUCCGUGGAGAAAGCUUUGAUCGACAGAGGAUUGAGGAGAUCUUUAACUGCAAGCGUUUUUCUCCUGUCAUUGACAAUUGCUAAGUCCAAGGGGAAAGCUUAAAAGGACAAGAACCAAGAGCAGCCUUGAAGAUCAAAAGCUCAAGCACAUCACAAUUUAUGUUACUCCAACACUCAAGGGAUUCUCCAAGGAAAGGAAUGCAACUUCUCAUUAAACAAUUGUACUUUGAAAGAUCUAGGAAUUAGAUUUUACUAGGAACUUGAAUGCUACCAUGUUGAUGUACUUAGUGUGAUGUACUAGGCUUCUACUUUGUAAUGAAUGACCAUCUUUGUAAUGCAUGUUGGACUGCUUGUAAGUGUCCUUGCUACAGCCAUUUGAGUUUGAUGGAAAUCUCAAAGCAUUUAAAGAUAUUUUGCUUCAUCUGAGGCUCCUUGAGGAUUGGAAAUCGACAAUAUGUGAAUCCAUGAACAAUUGUUGAAGCACUGAAUCAUGCAAAAUUAUGGGAUAACUUUUCAUAUUAUUUUGACUUUCUUUAUUUUUAUUUUAUUUUCUAUUUGUAGGUAGGCUUCAUAAACACCAAAAAAACAAAAAAAAUUUGGGCAUGACAACCACCCUAUGUUUUCUCUCUUUUUGGAGCAAUGCAUCAUCCAUCUAGAAGGCAACCUCAACAUGCUCUUAUAAGCUCAACGAAAUAUGAUGUUGAAGUGGACCUAUACACAAGGCAUAUGGAUCUAGAAUGAGGAGGCAAAUCUAGAACAUGGGGGAACCUGAAUAUUGUUGCUCCUAAGGAUGAAUCCCUAUUUGACAUGACCAGUACCUCUGCUUUGGGGGCACUUUGACCAAUUGAACAAUCAAGCUUUUCUCUGCUU